CUGUUAAAACAGCCAGUACAGACACUAGCAACCGUGGUCUGUCAGAGGGACGCGGUGCGCUCCGGACCGCUGGGACUUUAUACAAAGGCGCAGGUGAACCAUGGCGUCGUUUAACGCGUCGGUCUCGAAUCAGCACAAAGUGCCGCCUGAGGAGGGAAACAGGACUGGAAACCAGAACGGACAAUGCACUCCCAUGCCAUCUCCAGCUUUGGGGACGUUAAAGUUAAUGGCAGGAAAUGGCACAGCCGUUGGCACAGUGAUGAUCUUAAUGUGCCCUGGUAAACACCGUGCAAUACGUGGUGGCCGUGUCAUAUGUGUGCAGGACAGCAACAGCACGCAGUGGAGUGGAGGAGUCCCUGAAUGUAAACCACUCUCCCGACAUGAAGACCAUGGCCUCCGCACAGCAGUGCUUGCAGCACUUAUAAGUUCAGCUAUCAUUUUACUCAUGAGCAUGUUCUUCAUUACAUCAUGUCUGCUGAAGCGAGUAAAGAAAGAAGAAAGAAGAAAACUGGAAAGAAAAAGAAGACGAGAGGCUGAAGAACUUUGGAAACAAACGAAUGCAGAGGAACAGAGAGAAUCUUUCUACAACUACAAUGGCAGACAUAAUACCAAUAACAACAACAGUAGUAGACUGGGCCAACAAAAAAGUUACUCUCUAACUCAGUCUGUAACUAGCAUCAAGUCUCUCACGUACAGUGAUCUGCAAUCUGCAUACAGACAUCAGCAGAACCACCCAGACUCUACUAGCAUCCAUUACUCCCAGCGACUCAAUGCACCGUAUAUAAACAUGAACACAACUUCUGCUUCAUACCCACAUAACACACAUUUUCACUGCAGUGAUCAUGAUCCUAUAUUGGACCAGAUAUCCUGGAAUCCAGUCAUUCUAGCAACAGUGGGACAGGAGGAUCAGGACUCGGGUGUGAGUGGACAAAGACUAAAUGGGACACAAACGUGACC